CAGAGGCCCUGGCCCCGCGGGAGCGCGGCUGCGGCGCGCGGAGCCGGGGCGACGGGUGGGCGGACGGCCGCCCUCCUUGCGUCGCUGCCUCGCGCGGGCCUUCGCCCUGGAGAUGUGAGGGGCACCGCGGAGCCGGCAGGGCCCGGAACGGCGCGAGGCCGGCUGCUGACGCUCCACCCACUUUGGCUUGGAACCAGCCUCCAAGGGCUAAAAAUAUUGCCCGGAGGCUCCUGAGCGGAAUCAGAUCGCGCUAAGUAGGACACAAGGCAUAGGCGACAGAUCUGGGCCCCGGGCCGGAGGGAGACUAGGCGGCUGCUCCCCUCACGCUGGGCCGGUAACUGCGGCCUCCCUAGUGGAGCAGGAGCACAUGGUGGAGAAGCCUGGACACCCACCUCCUUUGCCCGAUUGCCCCUUUCUUGUAGGUGUGUGUGGAGGUCAGUAUGAAGCUGAAAAAGCAGGUGACGGUGUGUGGGGCUGCUAUCUUCUGCGUGGCUGUCUUCUCCCUCUACCUCAUGCUGGACCGAGUACAGCAUGAUCCCUCCCGGCAUCAGAGUGGCGGGAACUUCCCCCGGAGCCAAAUUUCUGUGCUGCAGAACCGCAUCGAGCAGCUGGAGCAGCUGUUGGAAGAGAACCAUGAGAUCAUCAGCCACAUCAAGGAGUCCGUGCUGGAGCUGACCGCCCACGCCGAGGGCCCGCCCGCCCUGCUGCCCUACUACACGGGCAAUGGCUCCUGGGUGGUGCUGCCCGAGCCCCGGCCCAGCUUCUUCUCCAUCUCCCCUCAAGACUGCCAGUUUGCUUUGGGGGGCCGGGGACAGAAGCCAGAGCUGCAGAUGCUGACUGUGUCCGAGGAGCUGCCUUUCGACAACGUGGAUGGCGGGGUGUGGAAACAAGGCUUCGACAUUUCCUAUGGACCACACGACUGGGACGCCGAAGACCUGCAGGUGUUCGUGGUGCCCCACUCUCACAAUGACCCAGGCUGGAUCAAGACUUUCGAGAAGUACUACGCGGAGCAGACCCAGCACAUCCUCAACAGCAUGGUGUCCAAGCUGCAGGAGGACCCCCGGCGACGCUUCCUCUGGGCCGAGGUCUCCUUCUUCGCCAAGUGGUGGGGCAACAUCAAUGCCCAAAAGAGAGCAGCAGUGCGAAGGCUGGUGGGAAACGGGCAGCUGGAGAUUGCGACGGGAGGCUGGGUGAUGCCAGAUGAGGCCAACUCCCAUUACUUUGCACUGAUCGACCAGCUCAUCGAGGGACACCAGUGGCUGGAGAAAAACCUCGGUGCCACCCCGCGCUCGGGCUGGGCAGUGGACCCCUUCGGACACAGCCCCACCAUGGCUUACCUGCUGCGCCGUGCCAACCUGACCAGCAUGCUGAUUCAGAGGGUGCACUAUGCCAUCAAGAAGCACUUUGCUGCCACCCACAGCCUGGAGUUCAUGUGGAGGCAAACCUGGGACUCGGACUCCAGCACAGACAUCUUCUGCCACAUGAUGCCCUUCUACAGCUACGAUGUCCCCCACACCUGUGGCCCCGAUCCCAAGAUCUGCUGCCAGUUUGAUUUUAAACGCUUGCCUGGGGGGCGCAUCAACUGCCCUUGGAAGGUGCCGCCCCGCGCCAUCACAGAGGCAAACGUGGCCGAGAGGGCAGCCCUGCUCCUGGACCAGUACCGUAAGAAGUCCCGGCUCUUCCGAAGCAACGUCCUGCUGGUGCCUCUGGGCGAUGACUUCCGCUAUGACAAGCCCCACGAGUGGGACGCUCAGUUCUCCAACUACCAGCGGCUCUUCGACUUCCUCAACAGCAAGCCUGACCUCCACGUGCAGGCCCAGUUUGGCACCCUCUCUGACUACUUUGAUGCUCUGUACAAGAAGACGGGGGUGGAGCCAGGGGCCCGGCCUCCAGGCUUUCCCGUGCUAAGUGGAGACUUCUUCUCCUAUGCGGACCGGGAGGACCAUUACUGGACAGGCUAUUACACCUCCCGGCCUUUCUACAAGAGCUUGGACCGUGUCCUGGAAGCCCACCUGCGGGGGGCAGAGAUUCUGUACAGCCUGGCUGUCGCUCACGCCCGCCGCUCCGGACUGGCCAGCCAGUACCCGCUGUCAAACUUCGCCCUUCUGACAGAAGCUCGGCGCACACUGGGGCUCUUCCAGCACCAUGAUGCCAUCACUGGCACUGCCAAGGAGGCAGUCGUGGUGGAUUAUGGGGUCAGGUUGCUGCGCUCCCUUGUCAGCCUGAAGCAGGUCAUCGUUAAUGCAGCUCACUACCUGGUGCUGGGGGACAAGGAGACCUACCAGUUUGACCCUGAGGUGCCCUUCCUCCACAUGGAUGACACCCGCUUAAAUCACGAUGCCUUGCCAGAGCGCACAGUGAUCCAGCUGGAGUCCUCACCCAGGUACGUGGUGCUCUUCAACCCACUGGAGCAGGAGCGGCUCAGCGUGGUGUCCCUGCUGGUCAGCUCACCCCGGGUGCGUGUCUUUUCGGAGGAGGGUCAGCCGCUGGCGGUGCAGAUCAGCGCACACUGGAGCUCGGCCACUGACAUGGUCCCUGAUGUCUACCAGGUGUCUGUGCCCACCCGCCUACCGGCGCUGGGCCUGGGUGUGCUGCAGCUGCAGCUGGGCCUGGAUGGGCACCGCACCCUGCCCUCCUCCGUGCGCGUCUACCUGCACGGCCGGCAGCUGACCGUCAGCCGGCACGAAGCAUUCCCACUUCGCGUCAUCGACUCGGGCACCAGUGACUUCGCCCUCAGCAACCACUACAUGCAGGUCUGGUUCUCAGGCCUGAGUGGGCUCCUCAAGAGCAUCCGAAGGGUGGAUGAGGAGCAGGAACAGCGCGUGGACAUGGAGUUCCUCGUCUAUGGCACCCGCACAUCCAAAGACAAGAGUGGAGCCUACCUCUUCCUGCCUGACGGCGAGGCCCAGCCCUAUGUCCCCAAGGAUCCCCCUGUGCUGCGUGUCACCGAGGGCCCUUUCUUCUCAGAGGUGGUGGCGUACUAUGAGCACGUUCACCAGGUGGUCCGGCUUUAUAACCUGCCAGGGGUGGAGGGGCUGUCCCUGGACGUGUCGUCCCUGGUGGACAUCCGGGACUAUGUCAACAAGGAGCUGGCCCUGCGCAUCCACACAGACAUUGACAGCCAGGGCACCUUCUUCACGGACCUCAAUGGCUUUCAGGUGCAGCCCCGGCAGUAUCUGAAGAAGCUGCCCCUGCAGGCCAACUUCUACCCCAUGCCAGUCAUGGCGUACAUCCAGGACGCCCAGAGCCGCCUCACCCUGCACACUGCCCAGGCCCUGGGGGUCUCCAGCCUCCACGAUGGCCAGCUGGAGGUGAUCUUGGACCGGCGGCUAAUGCAGGACGACAACCGGGGCCUAGGCCAAGGGCUCAAGGACAACAAGAGAACCUGCAACCACUUCCGCCUCCUGUUGGAACGGCGAACCUUGGGCAGUGAGGUCCCCGAUGGCCACUCUACCAGCUACCCGUCCCUCCUGAGCCACCUGACCUCCACGUCCCUGAAUGCCCCAGCACUUGCCCUGCCCGUAGCCAAGAGGCAGCCCCCAGACCCCGGUCUGCGCUCAUUUCAUCCUCUGGCUUCCUCACCGCCCUGUGACUUUCACCUGCUCAACCUGCGAACGCUCCAGGCUGAGGUGAGUAUCCUGCUCCACCCUAUGCUUUCAGGACCAAAGUCUGGCCUGUCUUCCCCAGACUCCUCCCUGUCCCAGGGCCACCUUCUGGACAAUACCUUUGUACUGUCUGUCACCCAGGACGAUACCUUGCCCUCGGCAGAAGCCGCACUCAUCUUACACCGCAAGGGUUUUGACUGUGGCCUUGAGGCCAAGAACUUGGGCUUCAAUUGCACCACAAGCCAAGGCAAGGUGGCCCUGGGGAGCCUCUUCCAGGGCCUGGAUGUGGGCUUCCUGCAGCCGACCUCCCUGACUCUGCUGUACCCUCUGGCCUCGCCCUCCAACAGCACGGACAUCUACUUGGAGCCCAUGGAGGUUGCCACCUUUCGCCUCCGCCUAGGUUAAGACUCCCUGUGGCCUGAAGAGAAAGUUCAUCUACAGAGACUGCCUCUAACACAAGGUCGGGUUGGACAAGCCGCACUGGCUAUCCUGUCCCGAUCUACCUCUCAGAACUGUGACAGACUGGGCUCUGCCCUCAUUUCCUGUUUAUUGUUGCUUCUGCGUUCGGGGGCAACCCACAGCCCAGUGUUGGGUAGCUAGGGCAGACGCUAGUGAGAUCAAGAAGAGAAGGUCCUUGGUCAGAAUGAGCAGGGCCAACCUCUGCUUUGGGGUGAGUGGCUGCCCACUUGGGCACAGGCUCAAGCAUCCAUCCUUUUCCCAAAACAGGAUGGAGAAGCAGCAGGAGAGGUAGUGGAGUCUGAGUGGGUAACAGCUCAGCGUCAGGGUCACUGUAGGCGAGAGCUGGCUCUAGGGGAAUCCUGUGAUUAUGUAGGGACUGUCUAUCCUGGUGUGACGAGCAGGAGCCAAGGGACGCUGAGGGGAGGGCCCAGAGUUAGCAGGGGGGUGGAGGAGUACAAGGAAUCACCGCUUUCUGUGAUGGCUCCACUCUAAGUGCCCCCGGGCCUACACGCCCUGGCCAGGGCCUGCAGCGUGGUGGAAGGACUCACUAGAGACUGUCAUGGCUAGAGGUCAUAGGACACUGCAGGUACAAACCCCCCAUCUCAAACUGGGCACGUGGUCUGUGUGUUGUUUUGUGGGAUGGUGGCAAGGGCGUGGGGGGGUCCUCCACCUACCUGACUCCUCUUUUGUUCCUGUACUCUGUACACCACUGUCCCCGAGAGCUGCUUCUGAUCAUGGGGGUAUUUGAGCCUUUCCCUGGAAAGAAAGUGAAGCCUCCAAGACCCCAUGUGCGUGGGCAACCGGAGAAGGCUUUCCGCACCAUCCCUUCAGUCAGGCCACGAAGCUUACGGUCCACACAUCUGUCUACAGAAGUCGGUUCCUGGACAGGGACCAGGGAUUGUGAGUAAAGCAGGGGGCACUGGCUGUUCAUCAGCCUUCAUUUCAGCUUCGAUUAAUAGAGAAACAUUUAUGAUAGUCUCUAUAGAUGCUGAAACGAUACUCAGCAAAAUGUACAAUCUAUCCCUUAUUAAAACUCUUAGGAAGUUAAGCUUAGCAAGAAACAUCCUAAUUGAGAUAAAGGUCUCGAUCGGAAACCAACAGUUAAUGGCAUUCUAAAGGGUCAAACACCGCAGCACUCCCAUUCCGUCAGAAACUAGCCAAGGACCUCCUAUUCUUUGGGGAAGUCCUGGCACUACUCACCCCUGCAGUAUGGCAGAUGAGGGAGACAAAAAAGUCACAAUUGUCUUUGUAGAUGCAGGAUGGCCAACCUGUACAAUCUCAAGCCAGUCAACUGAGGACCUGUUAAGCGCAGUCUGUAAGGUGACCCGGUGAUACCUGUCAUGGUCCUGUACCAAGGCAGCCCCUAGGUUCCAUGUAUCCCAGUGAGAUUGGAUACUUUGUGGAAUUUGACAGGUUCUGACAUUCAUUUGGAAGAGGAAAUGUGUGAGAAUACUCAGAGAAUUCUGAGUAAUGAGGAGUUGGGGGUGGCGGUGUUAGGUGGGUGGCCGGCACUUGUCCUACGGGAUUUCCCAGAGGACUUCCAAGUGACCGUGAUGGUCAGUGUGACCUGGAGUGUGAGCAAAGAUACUGAUGGAACAAAUGGGAGUUUGUCCAGACACAGACCCAGCUAUACGGAAAUGUACUACAAGAUAAAAGGAGUAUUUUGAGUGGGGAAAAGAUGGAUAAUUUAAUAAACACUACUUUAAGACAACUGGCUGUCUAUGAAAGUAAGAGCUAGAUCUCUACUUCACAGUUUACCAAAUCAGUUCCAGAGGGGGGCGAAAAAAAAUUAAACUACAAAAUUACUGAAGAAAAUACAGGGUAUUUUUAUGCCUCUGGUGUGGGAAGGUCUAUUCCAAACUAGUACGAAACCUAAAAGAUAUAAUGAGGGAAAAGAUAGAGAAUUUACCACAAGAAAGUGUUGAAAGUCUCUAUAUGAUAGAAAACACUGAAAUUAAAACAAAUGACAGAUUUGGGAGAAAAUAUUUGCAGCACUUAAAAAACUGGUGAGUAUGAUUACUUUAGGAGAAAAGCUUGCUUUGGGGUCCUUAGAGAAAGUCACCAGGCUUGCUAAACAGCUCCCUAAAGUUUAGGAGUGACACAAACGAGUUCUUUCAGACCAUGCAGGCUUGGGGCUGUCAGCCUCAUAGAGAGUCCUUCUAUAUCAUCGUGGAAGAAAUAAGAGGAUCUAUGUGAAGUGCUUAGCAUAGUGCCUACACGUGUAAGAGCUCAGUAAAUAUGAGCUGUGAUCGUAUUCAUAAAGGAUGCUGAACAAUUACAUUAUAGCAGGUGCUAUUUGCUAGUAUAAUUUGUAAUCAAAUGCUAAGGGAUCACCUCUGAACCCCCUAGGGAAUUAGCAGAAUAAAGACAAUUACCUUUGGAUGUCUUAGAUGUACAAUGAAAUUACUCAUCUGCCAGGAACGACAAGGUUUAAUCCUACACAUUGGCCUUUUAGAACUUAGGUAACAGAGCACUGCUCAAUGAGUGCUCCAGGAUCCACAAGAGUCCUGCUUUCUGGCCUGUCCUGCCUGGGGCUGCUCCUUCAGUCAGGAAUGAGGGUCUAAGGAGCACAGCCACAGCUCCCUGACACUGAUGUGACAAGAGCAAGAAAGAAAACUUCCUAUAGUACAUGGAAGUUCCUGGGCACAGCCUGUUGAACCAGUCUCUGGGAGUAGGGGCCAAAGAAUCUGCUUUCUAACGAGCUCCCAGGUGAUUCUUUUGCACAUGUAAUUUGGAAAUGGGCCUACAAUUUUAAGGCAAGCAGCAACCCUUGACCAUGGAGCUCUGGCACUGAGGCCUCAAAGUUCUGAGAGUUCCAAUCAAAACUGGAGCCAGGACCCAACACAAGCAACUUCAACCACUGGAAAUGGAUGGAAUUCUGUUCCUCGCUGCACCUCUCCGUCCACCUGGAACCAUCCGUUUCCAUGAAGAAGGGAGGGCUCUAUAGCCAUUGGAACCACAAAGAGAAAGGCAGAUUCAAACUGUGUCCUCCCGUGCAGGGUGAGCCAGGCCCAGAUUUGGCUUGCGUGGUGGGUGAGUAUAACCUUUAACACCCGUGUAGAGAGACUGACAUCUUUAACCUGAAAUUGACCUGCUUACCAUACUCUGUCACUGUGUUUAGAUGAUGACACUCAGGCCCUCAUAGAGGGGGAAUCACAGUCUGGGUAGGAGGCUUAGCACCAAAAUGAGAUCUCCAAACAUCUUUGUUUUCCCCUAACAAAAAUAUGUACAAAAAACACUUUAAGGAGCAAUACACAUAGUUGGCUUUGUCUUAAUUCUCUUAGGAGAGACCAGAUUCUUGAUAACUUCAAUUUUACUUAGAGUCAGUGAGAAAUCAAUUCAGUUGCCAGCACCAAGUGGGUCUACAAAGAGCUUCUAUCCCUUUUUGCUCCUGACUUUGGAUCUCCCUAAUUGAGACUAAACCUGAACUGGAAGUGAACUCUACCUAAUUAGGUAGUCUAGGCACGGGAAGGCUCCGUGGGUUUGGGGAUGAGAACUUCUCAGAAUGUGGAAUACAACAGGGUUGAAGAUUUAAGACAGCAUUGGGUGUGGAAGCUGUGAGAAGCUAGAAAGACUGGGGUUUCCCUGUCUGAAUGCCUAGAGCAACUAAAGGAGUAAGCACAGCUCCACUGCUGCCGCCUCAACUGCUGCUGCCUAAGAAUGCUAAGUGAAAUAUUUGAAAUGUAAAAGCAUUCUAAUUCUAGGCCAGAAGCAAAACUUUUGAUUGCCGGCCCAGCAAAAGCCAAAGUGAGCAUACAUGUAAACCGAGAGGUACCCUCUUAUCACAGACUUAAGAUAGUAAUGAUGUAUUAAUGUUAAUUUCUUGAUGUGGAUGGUUGUAUAAUUAUACAGAAUUUCUUUGUCUAAAUACUAAAGUAUUUAGUUAGGGGUGAGGGCAUCAGGUCAGUAAGUUAAUCUCAAGUGGUUCAGGAAAAAAAGUAACAUCCUGUACUUGCAACUUUUCUGUAAGUUUCUGAUUGUUUAAAAAAAAAUUGUGAAUUUUAAAAAACAAA